AUGGAGGGAGACCGCGAGGUGCAGCAGCAGCAACAACAACAACAAAAAGAACAGGAACAAUACAAAGAUCAUCAAGAGAAACACUUAACGCAACAAAAACAGCUGCACGAAGAGCAACGACAGCAACACGAGCAGCAAAGGCAGCAAAGGGGGACGGGGCAGUGUGCGGAGCAGCAGCAAAUGCAGCAGCAGCAACAGCAGGCCAGCCGCGAGCCUCAGCAACUGUUGUCAUCAACAACUUCUCAACCACACCUGCAUCCAGGAGGGCGCCAGCAGCAACACCUGCUGCUUCUGUCCUCUCAGCAACAGGAGACGCAGCAGAUGAAUCAACAGCCGCAAGUUCCGCAAAAGAAGCAGCAGAUUGUUGAGCAGCAGAACGGGAGUGUGCAACACGGGGAGAGAAAAGUGCAGCAGCUACAGAUGCAGCAGCAGCAGCAACAACAACAGCUCCAGCAGCAACAACAACAACAGCUCCAGCAGCAACAACAGCAGCAGCAGGAUCUACAUCCGACGAGGCAACAAGGAGGAGCGUGCGCCUCUAAUAGUGCAUGUGGAGCAGACAAGCCAACAGAAACAGGAGCACCAGCAGCAACACCACCAGCAGCAACAGCACCAGCAGAAACAGCACCAGCAGAAACAGCACCAGCAACAACCGCACCAGCAGAAACAGCACAAGCAUCAACAGCACCAGCAGCAACAGAACCAGCGGCAGCGCCAACAGCACAAGAAUCAACAGCAUCGGCAGCAACAGCACCGGCAGCAACAGAACCAGCAGCGACAGCGCAAGCAGAAAGUGCACCAGCAGUAACAGCACGAGCAGAGACAGCAACGCUCCAUAAAUCAGAAACGGCGCAGCCUAUGAAUACUUCCGCUUUGGAAGAAGCAGCAGCAGUGUCACCAACAACAGAGGAAGCAGCAACGGGGGAAGAAGAGGACGAAGUGGACCCCAGGGAGGAGGCAGCAGCAGCGGCAGCAGCUGAUGCUGCUGCAGCAUCUGCUGCUGCCCAUGGGAGACUUGACCUUUUGAGUGCUACGGGUCUGACCGUUGAGCUGUCCCUGAAGAACGCGAGCUACCGCCUAGCUCCUCCAAAGCCAAGUCUGCGAUCUGCAUUUUCUUUCCCUUGUCGCUGCCUCGGGGGCAUCGUAAAGAACUGGAGCACGUGCUGCAGUAGCAGCAGCGGACCCGCUGCAAGCAGCUCGUCAUGUGCUAUGGCGGCUGAUCCGCUUACGUCUUGUGCUGCUCCUGUAGCUGCUUCUGCCGCUGGUAGCAGCAGCAGCAACAACAACAGCAGCAAGGAGCGUUGGAUUUUGAGUGACAUUAGCUGCCAUUUUCCUCCUCACACCGUCACUGCCAUCUUAGGAGGAUCUGGAGCUGGCAAGAGUACUCUUUUGUCUCUUGUAGCAGGCCGCCUCCAGCCAUGUGACCAACAGAAGCAGCAGGAACAGCACCCCACCAGCACAGACGUACAGACAGCCGAAUCGAAGGGGAUUGAAAGUGGCAAAGGCAACGGAGGUCCAGAAGCAGCACCAGCAACAAAAGGCGCAGAUCACUACCAGAUGAGGAGCAAAAACAACGGACUGCAGCUACGUCAGAACAGGGCAAGAGACAAAGAUGAGGCAGUGCUGCUGCUGAAUGGAGUGAAGGCCCCCAAGGGGUGGAGGCGUUUAGUGGGGUUCUGUCUGCAGCAGGAUUUGCUGCUGGUGAAGGAGCUGACAGUGCAGCAGACGCUGCUGCUUGAAGCCAAACUAAGACUCGGAAAAGUCUGCAACAAACAGCAAAGGAGAGAGAGAGUCGAAAAAGUCAUACAAAUGAUGAAUCUAGAAAAGUGCCGACAUACAGUUGUGGGGUCUCCCUUCUCUAGAGGAUUAUCGGGGGGAGAGAGGAGACGGCUGUCCGUGGCUUGCGAACUCUUGCUGCCUAAGCCGUUGCUACUGCUGGAUGAACCCACCAGCGGUUUAGACGCGCCAGCAGCAUCCCAUUUGCUGCGGCUGUUGCAGCAAGUAGCAACAGAAAACGGAACUGCAGUUAUCUGCACAAUCCACCAGCCAUCUCCCCAAUUGUUUUUGUCAUUCGGCAGAGUUUUGUUUCUUGCUGAGGGUCGGCUGAUCUUCUCUGGGCGGCCGCAGCAGCUACGUGCAUAUGAAGCAGCUUUGUUGCAGCAGCCUGCGCCUCCUGCUAGAGCAGUCCCAGCUGCCAAUGCGCUAAAGGAUUCCAACGUUGCAGCAGCAGAUUCUGGUUUGCCGUUAUCAGCAGCAGCAGCAGAAGCAGCAGCAGAAGCUGAGGCAGCAACAGCCACGCGGGCUGACUGCUGCGUUGCUGAACAUUUCUUGGGGCUUGCAUGCGGUGUGGGGGCCUCAAUGACAUUUCCUACACUGGUUGCGCAUUUAGAGAAACUUCUGUUGCUACUCAAGCAGCAGCAACAGCAGCAGCAGCAGCAGCAACAGCAGCAACAGCAACAGUUCCACCAACAGCAGGAGCAACAGGGGUGCACCAGCAGCAGCCGCAACAGUACAUGCAGCAGCGACAGCGAGUUGGUGCGCUCAGCAGAAAACAAAGGACUUGUCUGCAUCAUAGAAAACUUCCUUCAGCAGCAGAAACAGCAGCAGCUGCUGCUGCCAGAUGCUCAAAAACGACGCCGGGAAGCAACCGACAUUGCCUUUGUUCUUGAUCUGAUAUUCAGGGUGUACAGGCACCACGAAACCCUCGUCCUGAGGGAUGACUUCAAGGCAAUCACAAAAGCAGCAGUUACGGCCGCUGAUGCUGCUGCUGCCCCAGGUGGCAUUGCUGCACCAGCACACUCGGCGGCAAUAUCAGUGGAGGCGGCAGCAGAGGCAGAAGAUUCAACUGUAGAAGUGACCGAGCGAAGGCCCGGAGAAGGUGUUGAGCAAACGGCAGCAGCAGGUGAAGCUGCAGCAGUUGAACUGACAGCACUAGCAGCAGGUGCUGCAGACGCAAACGCAUCAAAUGCAGCAGAAGCAGCUGCAACAGAGGCCCGAUCAGAGCCAGCGGCAGGGCGAUCUCCUAUCCUUCAGGAAGUGUUUGUAGACACGGACCCCACGUCAGCGGCAAGGACUGCAGCAGGAGCAAUAGCAGGAGGACCAACAGGUACACCAGGAGGAAGAUGUGACAAAGGUUCAGUAGUAGCAGCCAGCGCAGCAGAGCGGCGUCGCGGGCUUCUGGCAGCAGCUGCAGCAAUACGUGCGUCUAGCAGCACCAUGCUGAAGUUCGAGGUGCUGCUGCAGAGGCAGCUGAUGGCGGAUGCAAGGGGAACAGCAACGGCAACAGAUCUUACUCAGGCGUUGCUGCUGUCGAUUGUUGUUGGAUCCCUUUACUUUCAACAAAUGAAGAUCUACACAACAGAAACACUCCACGAAAGAAUAGGUCAGCAGCAACAAGAGCAGCAGCAGCCAUAG